ACUUGGUAGUGUAGUUUCAAUUUCAAUUGCAUGUUUAGCAAGUGGUUCAAUUACCAUGUCCAUCGCUAUUUUAAUUCUUAUUUCAUUACUUUUUAAUGAUUUUGUUUUCAUUGCGAGUAGUCAUCGCUAUUCACAAUCCUCAUUACGGUCAUUUAUUAUUCCUCAACAUCAGCAAAUACCAAGUACAUUUUAUACUAUUCGUAAAGUAUUUACUAUCUAGUAUUGGUAUUAAACAAAAAAAGAAAUCUAUACGAUUCUUUGUCUUUUUGGGUGAUAAUUUAUACCCAUUACUAUUGUGCUAUUUUGCCCUUGCAUUUAUAACCACUUGAUGAAAAUUUACAAAAUUGAAAUGUAAUUGGAAUUCAACUAAAAUGCAAGGAAAUGGUGAUUUCAUCUUUAAAUUUAUAUAAAUUAUUUUACAUGUG